UUUGCUUUCGAGUCAGUUUACCUAGAAGAAAGGGAAAUGCGUUUUGUAAAAUACGUUUGAACAUGGAGAUUCAGCAAUUUUCUUGGCCAUGUAAAAAGGAGAGUAGGACAUAUUUACUUCCGGCCGUGAUACUAGGAAACUGGGUACACUAAAAAGCGCAUGCGCGCCGCUGAAUACGCGGUAAGUUGGAAGGAAGCAAGUUUAUUCCACCGAAAACCAAAAAGCUACAAGAUUAAUUCAAAUCUUGUCAUUUCUGCUAGAAGACUUGGUUUGCUACUUGCCUGGAAAUUACUGUAUGUUCCCCAUGUGAUAUUUGAAAAUGAGUUAUCCCGGGGAAGAGCGAGAUUCGAGCAAUGCUCCAAUUUCUGCGAGUCGAAACCCUCCUCCAGGCUCAACAGUUGAAAAAGACAAAACUCAAGAAAAACCAAAAGCUCUCGGCGGUCAAAGCUCGGGUGAGGGUCACCAUGGAACAAGACCGCUUGACAUGGCAGCCACAAUGAAGGUCGGCAAGGCAGCACCCGUACUCAACCGACCAAUCGCUCCUGCAGCAGCUACAUCAUCUAAUGUCCUAGCAAUGGGCGGCCAUAUAGGAUCCAGCUACAUGCCCGGUUUUGGAGUCCAAGGUCACCCGUUGGUAAACCCAGCCAUCCCACUACAAGCUUCCAUGCUGCGGGGGGCCAUGUCUCCCCAUCACCCAUUCUCGCCCCAUGUGCCAGUAGGCGCAGCAGCUGCUGCCCUAGCAGGGGCGCCCCCACGAAGUCUAUCCUCUAUACGCUCUGCAAUAAAACCGAGAGUAACUACGCACCACCAGGGGCCUAUCUCAACCACGCCUAGUGUACACCCUCAAGCAAGUGCAACCACAUCAGCCCCUGCUGUUGCCCCCAUUGCAUCUACAGCAGCAUUCUACCAACAGAGUGGCGAACACAAGCAGGAGAUACGUGAUGUAAGACCAUCCUUGGUGACAGAUCUAGCGCGACAUGCUGGAUCACCUCAUGUGUCAGCGACUCCAACUGCGGCAGGAGUCUCUGCUCAUCCUAUUCCAGUCGCCACUUCUAAGGUGCCACCCUCAGGAGUCUCCAGUGCACCUCACAAACCAGCACAACCCGGUUUGUUGGCGCACUUUAGCCAGACCCACAGUCCCCUUCACAUGCCUACGUCAGCCGCAGCAGGAAGUAUCGCCCAAGGUGGUAUAGUCAGCGGAGGGGUGGUGUCGAUGGGUGGGCAGCCGCCUAAGGCAGCACCCUCUCCUGUCUCUGUAGCAGCUGUGACCAGUAAGAUGUACUCUCACAUGAACUUCAGCAAGCAAGGUCAGCAAUCUGAGAUGGCGCAACAGUCUGGCGAAUUGUCAAGACUAUCUAGCAAGUCAAGCGGCAAGGCAUCUCCCGGACCCGCCCAAGCCCACAUCACAGCAGUGACAACAAUGAGCACCUCCCAUGCCGUCCCCGCUAGCUCACCCAUGCAUGCCGCCAUGGUGAGCGAUGGUCGGGCAGACAGAUACAUUACACUUUCUUCUUCCCUUUCACAAGAGGCCAGUUUCUCCCACUUUUUCAAGCCACACCAGCAAGUGCCCUUGGCAAACCCAAUGUACCACCCUGGUAUUCCAGCACCUUACAUGUUUGGCCCAGAACACUUAGGUUACCCAAUCCAUAUUGGACCUUAUGGACCGCCUCCCUCUGGUAUAAGGGUGUCACACGCAGUGACAACUGCCUCAGCACAAGGUGCUGCUGCCACGGCAACUGUUAUGAACCCAGCAAUCAUUAUGGAUCAGACGAGAUACAUUGCCCUGACUCAACAAGCGGCUGCUGGAUUUGGAGGUCUCGCUACUAAUUGUAUGGCUGGCGACGUCCCUGGCUCCUCCUCUAUGAUGGAUGUGACCACGCCCAGUAGCGGCAUCUACAGUAUGCCUGUACUAGGGGUCCCACCAGCAAGCUCUGGGAUUCCUGUGUCAAUAUCGACAUCUAACCCUAAUGCCACGUCACCACGCCCGAGCAUUCUUCGCAAACGCACUUCUGAGGGACUCAGGAAGCCAACAAUUGUUCCAUAUAAUGACGGUGGUGCACCAUCUUCCCAAGCAGAGAAGCCAGGUAGCCCCCGGUCAGACACCACAACUCUGUCGGCCCCUCAGUCUGGACAGAACUCCCCCAAACCUCCAAGUGAUGCUGGUAGUCAAUCAAAUGACCAAGUCGCCCCAUCAACAACCCCGACAACCACCCAAGAACCACCCAAGCCUGCCGACCCAAGCGCACCAGUGACAGUGAAGAAGGAGCAAGGUGAAUCAGCGGCAGCCACCCCAACACCCACCACAACUACUGUUGCACCAACAGCAACUGACAAGCCAGCUGUAAGCUUACCUGAUGGGGCAUCCCCACGCAAGAAACCACGCAAGCAGAAUGUAGUUGUGACCGAGGAUAAAUACGGCAGCACGGUACCAAUAGAAGAAACAUUAUCUGAAGAAGAUGACAAAAAAAAGCUAGCUGCACAAUCUGAAGAAGCUUCCCAACUCGAUGAAGAUCUAAAGUUUAUCCUUCUCAAGCGGCCCAAGAUUUCUAUAUUUGGUGGUUAUAAAGUCAACACAAAGGCUGCCCAUAACCACUUCCUCCGCUAUUCUGACGUCAAACUCAAAGAUGACCGCAAACCGACAAUCCAGGACCUGGCCAAUCAGAAGGGCGUGGCCCACCGGUUGAGUGGCUGGAGGGUGCAGCACAUUGCCGCCCAGAUGGACGAGCUCAACACCGUGGAGCAGGAGGUGCUCAAGAAGCUGUUUGAGUUGAGGGACAAGCUCCCUCGACCACGCCAAGGACAGAAACCCUCCAAGUUCCAGGACGAGCUGCUCAUGCUAGACGAGCUAAUACAGGGAAACAUCCAGCGCUCCCAGCUCGUGUCUGAGCAAUUGUCCGACUCGCGGAAAACAAUGGUCAAGGUGCUGGAGCAUCGUCCUCGCUGUGUCGACAUAAUCCAGAAAUACAUUAACAAACGCAACCCAAAGAAGAAGAGCUGAGCCCACGUUUUUCCACCACACUGUACAUAAUACCAUAUAUAGUAACACGCUUCGUGAUCUAGGGAAUGUUAUCACGUGAUUUGUUGCAUGGGGUACCGCCUAGGAAAGCGUGUUUGCCACGUGAUGAUGCGGUCAUCCCCUUUAUAUAUUGAAAGACCAUAGAUUUCCAUCCCUAGCGUUGUAUUUGGGAUUCCUGUUGUUGUUGGUCACGAGGGGUUGGGGAGAGCUUUCUGUGACGUCAGAACUUACAGGAACCCCAGGAAGCCCGAGAAAUAACGCCUUGAAAUAGGCUGCUAAUGUCAGCGUGAACCAGCCCUGGGUCAGUAUUCCAUGUAAGAUCCCAAGGUUAGUGCUGCAUCAUAGCCCUAGCAUUAAUACAGCAUAAGCUUUCUCAGUCUAUCAAAAUGUUUGAUAGAAUAUGAAAAAUAUGCCUUGUGUGAUGACUGCUCUGGGCGUGUUACAGUGCGAACACAGCAUAAGUUAUCCAUAAAAUCACAUGGUUUAUUCCUCUGCUGGAAAGGUUUUUAAUAAAUUAAGCAUUAUCUA